AUGAAGGCCGUCACCGGCCACCACUACCAGGGCUACCACCCACCGUCGCCGACGCCGGCGACCAAGAUCUCCAUUCCUGUCUCCCCCGGUGGGGGCACGGAGGCGGCGCUGCUCGGGAAGGGGCGGUACAAGGCGUGGGCCCUCGCCGCCAUCGCCCUACUCGCACUCUGGUCCAUGUUCGCCGCCUCCGUCACCCUUCGCUGGUCCUCCGGCGACCUCGCCGCCGCCUCCCAGGACGUGAGCGAUCCCCUCUUCGACGACCUAGACCCGCUCGACGGAACGGGGCACUCGCGGACCGUGCAAGGCGCCGUCGACAUGGUGCCCGCCGGGAACACGCGGCGGGUCAAGAUCCUCGUCAAGCCCGGCGUCUACAGGGAGAAGGUGACGGUACCGAUCACGAAGCCGUUCGUGUCGCUCAUCGGCAUGGGGACCGGGCGCACGGUGAUCACUUGGAAUGCGCGGGCGUCGGACAUCGACCCGUCGGGGCACCAGGUCGGCACCUUCCUGUCCGCCUCCGUCGCCGUCGAGGCCGACUACUUCUGCGCCAGCCACAUCACCUUCGAGAACUCAGCGCCGGCGGCGCCGCCCGGAGCGGUGGGGCAGCAGGCGGUGGCGCUGCGGCUGUCCGGCGACAAAACCAUGCUGUACAGGUGCAGGAUACUGGGGACCCAGGACACGCUGUUCGACAACAUCGGGAGGCACUACCUGUUCAACUGCGACAUCCAGGGCUCCAUUGAUUUCAUUUUCGGGAACGCGAGGUCCCUAUACCAGGGUUGCAGGCUGCACGCGGUGGCGACGAGCUACGGCGCGAUCGCGGCGUCGCAGCGGAGCUCGCCGUCGGAGGAGUCGGGGUUCUCGUUCGUGGGGUGCCGGCUCACCGGCUCCGGCAUGCUCUACCUGGGCCGGGCGUGGGGGAAGUAUGCCCGUGUGGUGUACUCCUACUGCGACCUCAGCGGCAUCGUCGUGCCCCAGGGCUGGAGCGACUGGGGCGACCACACCAGGACCAAGACGGUGCUGUUCGGGGAGUACAACUGCAAGGGUCCCGGGGCGAGCUCGCGGCAGAGGGUGCCGUGGUCGCGGGCGCUCACCUACGACGAGGCGCGCCCCUUCCUCGGACGGGACUUCAUCAAUGGCGAGCAGUGGCUCAGAUUGUAG